CAAUAAAACCGCGGCCACACUGUACUCAAGUCCAAAGCCAAAAAAAACAUUAAUUGUUUGUGUUUUUAUUCGCCUAAGCCAAACUGGUGUUAAUUAAAGUGAAACAACAAUUCAAGUCGAACGUGGAAAAGCCAUCAAAUCUCCAAUUGCUAGCUAAAACCGAGCAACAUGUUGCCAGACAAACCAAAUUAUGAGGCGAGAAAAUGGACGUAAUCAUUUAAACAAAAGGCGUGCGUGUGGAAAUCGCAAUCCCAGGCGUCCAUAUCCAAGCAAUACGCUAAACGGUGGCUACCCGCUAGUCUGCCGCCCUCCCCACGCAAGCAGGCACUCGCGCUGCCGCAGGCGCACACAUAGGACAAGCAGACGACAGACAGCAGCCCCCACCCGAAACAAGCUCUUCAUCCAUUAUGGAGCCCACUGCAGCGGGGAAUCUGCUGGAGAUCAUGGACCUGGCGCGCACCCUACGCCAGGAGCAGCUCUUCAUCCAGCAAGAGCAGACGACCUUUGGCCAGCUGACGGGCGCUCUAGAGACCAAUGCCGGCACCAUAACAAAGUUGGCCUUUGUGUGUGCCCAGCAGAGGCAGAUACUGAACGAGCUGCUGCUGGCCCGGAACGACCAUGAUCCUCUGCUGAGCUGCAGACGAGCGAGCGCCUAUGACAGUGCACAGUUUAUGGACGCCAAGCAGGUGCUGCCCUAUGAGCACGCCCUCGCCUACGAGGAUCUCUUCAAUUAUCUCUAUAAUACGCCAUACUUGUUGGCUCUGUCGCUGGCCACCGCGGAUCGGCUGUCGCUGCUGUCGAGCGGCCAAUUGGGGCAGAUAAUCAAUACGAUAGCGACGGGCCUGUACGGGAAUGCCAUCAACACGAAGGAUGUGGAACUGCUGCUGAAGCUGCUGCGUGAACUGAUUGAGAUUCAGCUGCUGGGCAGCGAGCAGCCCCGCCGUCUGCUCCGCACCAACAGCAGCUCCUUUGCCCGCCUCUAUCAGCGGCUGGUGGAGAGUCUCUUUUCGGCCAGAAUAUUUCUCACUGCCGCCCUGCAUGCGCCCCUGAUGGGAGUCCUCAGCGAGCACGACAUCUGGCUGGACCUCGAUCCACACAAGCUGAUGCAGAGCUUUAGCCAGAAGGAGCGCGAAAGGCGCUUCGGACCGGCGAGCCAAGAGGGCACAGCGACAGGGGACGGGCACAGCGAGGAGUAUCAGCGGAAUGUGGCACGCUUCCAUGCAGAGACGCUCGGCAAGCUGCACACCCACGCCCAGGUGUUUGUGAAGAGUCUACAGCAGAGCUGGGCUCUGUUUCCCAGCUCCCUGCGCUGGCUGCUGCAAACGCUCAGCCAGCAGCUGCGUCAAACGCAUCGCCACGAGGAGCAGGAGAUCCGGCAGCUGCUCACGGAUCUCGUAUUCACGCACUUCAUCUCCCCGGCCAUCGUCAGCGCCGAUCUGGUGGGCAUCAUCGAUGUGAAUGUCAGCGAGCGGAUGCGUCACAAUCUCAAUCAGAUUGUCCAGCUGCUGCAGCGGCUGGCGCUCAACGACGAGGGCAGCGAGCUGGUCCAGCUCAUGGAGCUUCUCAUGCUCGGCGAAACGGGUGAGGAUGUGGUGGCCAUACUGCCACAGCAAACGGACUUUGAGCGCUCCCAGCUGGCCAUCAAUCAGCGAGAACUCGCGCAGUUUGUCGAGUUCUUUCGACUGUUGACGUCGCGCGAUGAAUACGAUGUCUCGGCGGAGGAGAGGCUGCGCUUGCAGCGCAUCUUGGACAGGAUACCCAAGCAGCAGCAGCAGCCGACCCAGUCGGAAGUGUCUGACAGUCCGGAGAAGCAGCAGAACGCCAGCAGCAGCAGCAGCAACAAGAAGAGCAGCAACAACAAAAGUCUAAUGCGCUUGGGCAAGGCCAAAAAGAAGCUGGCCAACAGCAUGAGCUUCAGCAAUAGCAACAGCAACAGCAACAAAAGUGUGCCGCCCGUCGAGCCGGUGCCACUGGCCAAUGGCCAGGCGAAUGGCUCCAAUGUCUCCGCUGCCUCGAAUGGAGAUGUCGAGCAGUGCUCCAGCCACAGCGGCAGCAAUACGAGUCUUAGUUCCUGCGGUGCUCCAGUGGCUGCCAUCGCUGCUGCCGUUGCACCUGCACCUGCACCUGCCCUUGCCCCUGCCCCUGCCCUUGCUGGUACAAACGAUCAGCAGUGUGGCCACCCGGAUGAGCCUGUGCUCAUGUUCAGCAUCUAUAAUGCCUCAGCGAAGAGCAAGCUGAAGCCGCUCACCGAGGAGGAGGUGCUCAAGAUGAAUUGCAUUGGGCAGGAUGGCAGCAAUCUGCUGCCCGCUGUGGCAUGCGGCACCGCUGGCGUGGUGGCACCCUCCUCGAACAACGACGAUGUGAGCAGCCUGGAGGCAAUGCGACGGCCGCAGGAUGAUGCCUCCAUUGGCAAUUCGGAUAACCUGGAGGCGAUCAGUGAGGCGGCGCAUUCGGUGGCCAGUUCGCUGGAUCUCGAGGAGCAGCAGGAGCGCGAUGUACACGAGAACGAGGACAAUCUCUCGGACAUGGUGUCGGCGAAUGUCUCCGGCCGGGGCACACCGAACAUCAGUGGCCGGGACACGCCCUCGUCCCAAGUGACGGACGGCGAUGGCGGUGGCGGUGACAUGGCCCACCAUCAUGGCCAUCAUGUGCGUGCCGCCAAUCCGCAAAUGCAGAAGAUGCUCCUCUCCAAGGCACGCUCCGACAUCGAGGAUAAGUUCUGCAAGUUUGAGCUGAAGAAGUUCGAGGGCGACGAGAAUGUGAGCAUCAUUUCGGACACCUGGUCGACGGAUGUGCUGGCCAGCGACUCGGAGAACACGCUCGAUGCCACGGGCAGCGAACGGGGUGGCGAACGCGGAGACCGAGAUCGCGAUCGUAACUUCUCCACGCCGCUCAUCCCCUCCGCUGUCGUCCUGCCGGGUGACAAUAAUUUCGUGGUGGAGGCUCUGGCCCGUGCGGGCGCUGGCGUCAUCUCGGGACCCCACAUGGAUGCCUCCGAUCAGCGCUCGGAGAGCAACUGGAGCACCGAUGUGCUGGCCAGCGACUCGGAGAAGUUGGCCGAAAUCGACACGGACGACAAUGCCAGCAUCACGGCCAAAUCGGACAUUGCCGUCAAUCUGCAGGGGGAACGGGGCGUCGGCGUGCCAGAGGCCCCUGGCGGUGGCUUAGGCGUCGAUGACGAUGAGGAUGAGGACGAGCAGACGCCGGGCAGCAGUGGCGAUGGGGAGCCAGAUCCGGAUAGGGAACGGCUGCGCAAUGGCAGCGAACGCAGCCAGGAGGAUUCGGCGUUCUUUGAUGCUGUGAAUUCGUACGAGGAUGCCCAUCAUUUGUAUCACGGCGCCUCCUCGCUGGCCCGCAGCUCGGUGCGGACCAGCUACCAUGUGCUGGGCGGGGAGAGCAGCUUCCAGCAGCAGUACAAGUGCAGCGGUGCCGAGGGCAUUGGCCGGAAGACGACACCGCUGAUGGGCACCUCGUGCAUGCGUCGCCAGACCUCCGCGGAGAGCAGCAUCAGCAAUCAGAGUCUCAAUCUGGAAGAGCCGCCACCGCCGCCACGGGCAUUGGCCAAGCAUCAUCAUCAUCGCGAGCGAGAGAGGGAACGAGAGCGCGAGCGGGAGCGGGAUCAUCGUGAGCAUCAUCACAAGACGUCGGGCUUGAAGAAGAAAAAACAGCAGCAGGAGCAGCAGCAUCGAGAUCUCAUCGAUUUCAGUGACUGCAGCGAGGACAAGGAUGAGGAGGAGCAACCGCCAGGUCUCGUCCAACAGCUGCUGGACAUGUUCAACCAGGAGGAACAGCAGCAGCAACAGCAGCAGCAGCAGUCGGGCUCAUCCGUCGAGCAUCGUCGCAUCUCCAUGGAGCAGCGUUCGCAGUGCAUCGAUGGGCGACGCAAUGGCAUACUGGCGGGCAGCAUGCGACGCCAUCAGAGCCUCAACUAUGAGAACCAUGAGAUCAUGCUCAAUUCGAUGCUGCCCAAAACGGACGAUGACAAGCAGGAGCUGCUCCUGUGUGCCCAGACCCAGCAGCAGCUGCAACUGGAGGAGCGAGCGUCAGCGGCUGCCGCCGAGAGCAGCAGCAGAGCCGGAACGGGAGUGGGAGUGGGAGUGGUAGCAGCAGCCAGAGGCACAUCCAAGCCACCGAGCAAGGCCACAGGCGCCAUACCAAAGAGCAUUAGCUUCGAUGCCAGUGCGGAUAAGGAGCAGCAGCCCUACCAUCGGGAUAGAGACAGGGAAAGGGAGCGGGACAGAGAACGAGACAGGGAACGAGACAGAGAGCGGGAUAGGGACAGAGAUCGAGAUAGGGACCGCGACCGCGACCGCGACCGGGACCGGGACCGGGACAGAGAUCGGGAACAUCACAGUGCUGGCAUUUUCAAUAAGCUGAAGCAGGGCUUCUUCAAGCAUCGCCGUGGCGCCUCGAGCAGCUCUAAGAGCAAUGCCAUUGCGGCCACCCCAUCGAAUCCCAAUCCCACAGCAGAGCCGGGAGGAUCGCGCAGUGUUAGCUUUGACCCCAGUGCCGCUGCCUGCGUUAGCUUUGGCACCCACUACUGUGAUAGCAGCGAGGACAUUCUGGCCAAGUACAGGCGCAAAGUGAGCAGCUCCAGCGAGGCAACCAAUUCCGAUUCAACGGGCAAUGGGGCAGCCGCAGCUGCAGCAGCCACAGCUGCCGCGCACCUGUCUAAGCAUGUGAAUGGAGGACAACUGCCAGGCGUGGCAUUUGGCAGCGUGAAGCAGAAACUGCGCACGGUGCUGUCCAAGACGGAUCUGCAUAGCGGGGACUUUCGACAGACGACGCCGCUGCGACCGCUGGACGCCACCACGCCGCUGCAGAUCUACUUGCAGAUUCAGCUGGCGCAGUGCGUUAGCCUGCAGCGAUUGCCGCAGAUCUCGCACGUGGCCGAGGCGCUGCGCUGCCUCGAGCAGCUGGAGCGGCCGCAGCAUGGCCAGCUGCUGGUGGAGCUGCAGCACGACCUGCAGCGCAGGCAGAGCUAUCUGCAGUACCUGAUGCGGCAUCGCCAGCAGCUGCUGCUGCGCUCCGAGCAGCUCGAGCAGCUGGAGGUGCGACUGAGGAGUGAGGCGCGCAGCUGUCAGCGCUGCCUCAUGCAAUCGCUUGUGCGGCUCUAUCUGGCCUGGGCCCGCCAGCAGGACAAGCUGGAGCAGUUCCAGACCGAAUUUGGCCAGCUGAGGGCCAGCGACGAGCGGGCGGAGCUGGUCGAUGAGUUUGUCGAUGAGCUGCUGCAGCAGCUGAUAACGGACGCCGAUCUGCUGGACGACUGGCAGGUGGAUGCCGCGAGGGAGGCCAUUGAGCGCAUGCUCUUGGAUGUCAUGUACCAGCAGGUGAUGUUCCCCAACGAGGAUGCCGAUGUCUCGCGCGACACAGUCCUCUCGGCGCACAUUGGCAAGCUGCAGCGGUUCGUGCAUCCCGCCCAUCCGGCCCUGUGCAUUGCCCAGGAGUAUCUGGGCGAGGCGCCCUGGACAUUUGCCCAGCAGCAGCUCUGUCACAUGGCCGCCUACAAGACGCCGCGCGAGAAGCUGCAGUGCAUCAUCAACUGCAUCUCCAGCAUUAUGAGCCUGCUGCGCAUGUCCUGCGGUCGUGUGCCCGCUGCCGAUGAUCUGCUACCCGUGCUCAUCUAUGUGGUCAUAAUGGCAAAUCCGCCCUACCUGCUGUCCACUGUGGAGUACAUUAGCUGUUUUCUGGGCAGAAAGCUCGAUGGCGAGAAUGAGUUCUAUUGGACGCUGUUCGGUUCGGUGGUGAAGUUCAUCAAGACCAUGGAUUAUCUGGACUAGCUCUUGGGCCAGAGCCAGAGCCAGUCUCCUUCUCCUGCUGCUACUUCGACACUUCCCAUGAGAUAUUCUUAGUAAAUAUUUUGCAUGCAGUGAAUCCCUUUUGUUACCUUUCCCCCCCUCCAAAACUUUCUGCAGUUGUAUAACUAUUCUCUAUGUUUGUUUAUAUGUAUUAGAUUGUAUAAUAAUUUUUUUUUGUGUCAAAAAUGCAACUGUUGAAAUUGUAGUCUUUAAGUUCCAUUGCGGCAUACGAGGCAUUAUCCCACACUACUCCAUAUGCUCGUACACACACAUACACACAUACAUACAUUUAUCUACAUGUAAGACUCUGCUCGAAAGAGACAGAGAGAGAGCGAGCGAAACGUAUCGGAAGAUCUAUCCAGCUAAAUAUUAAG